UAAAGGCGGGGUACAUCCAUUCAACAGUAUAAAUUCUCCGCCAUACUCAUUUCAAUUCACAGAUUUACUUCUGAUUCCAGUACAACCACUACAAUGGCCCAAAGGUUCGUUAUCGUCGCUGCAUUUUUGGCAGUAGCUCACGCCGGUAUCAUCAGCACUCCCGCUGGAACCGUCGUUUCUCGACCAACUAUAAUCGAAACAGAACCUUUUGACCAUCAUCCCCAGUACAGUUACAGCUACGCCGUUGCUGACGGAUGGACCGGUGACAACAAGGCCCAGCAUGAAACACGCAACGGAGACCUAGUUCAAGGAGCUUACAGCCUGGUAGAACCCGAUGGUUCCCGACGAACUGUUUCCUACGCAGCUGAUGCCGUCAACGGAUUCAACGCUGUUGUUCAGAAGAACCAUAAUCUAAAUGUAAACAGCCAACACACUGUCGCUUCUUCAGUCACUCCUGUAAGAAAUGUUGUCAGCGAACCGCGAUCAUGGAACCAUGGCUGGUCCCAUGACCAUGGCCAUGGCCAUAACCAUGGACAUGGACAUGGAUAUGGACCCGCGGCUGUUGUCGCUACUGCCAAUGCUAAUGUAUACCGUCACCACUCGAAUUUGGCUACUUCACCGUACAUCGCAUCUAAUCUCAUGGAAGUUGGCGCCGCAGCAGGUGCCUCUGCCGCUACCGGGUCGCUCUAUGAUCCCCAACGUCGGUUCUGGAUGUAGGGUACUCUUGGCUACAAUUCAACUCGUGUAGUGAGGAUUCACUAACGUCAUUGUAAAACAGCACUCUCAAUCCCGACACUAUAAACUGGAUUAAGCUGACGAGGUUAAUUUAACGAUUAAUCUGACGAAACAAGCUGCCUGACUCCUUAAUGAUGAUAAUUAAAACCUUUGAACAGUUUUUAGCACGGCGUGUUGCCAAUUAUUGCCUUAGAUUGAUUUUAGCGUGGACAACUUUUGAUCCUUGAUAAAAAUAAAAUAGUUUUUAAUUUUUGUAAUGAA